UGAACUUAAAAUGCUAAUUUGAUACAAACGAAUAGUUUUUGUUAAUUGAUCUAACGUUUUGCAUUUUUUUUACACCUCUUAAUUCAAUUUAAUUUAGGUUCGUUGGACUCUGAUUGACAAUUUCCAGACUUCCUAAUGACAACAUUUCUUAACUGAUUUGCACAGAUUUUCAUUACUGUCUCCAACCCACGAAAUUCUGCCCCUCCCUCCAUCAAUGCCACUGACUCAAACAGGAAUUUGGGAGAUCCUCCCCCUUAAAAAAAAACCCCUGAGUUUCUUGGGAGGGGGAUAAUUGGUUGCGAAUCUGUCCAAACGUCAUGCACCCCCCUCCCUAGUGUUUCUGUCCAAUCAAGAGGUACCAGGAUCAGGAGCAACGAGCCCGCAACUUCUUCACCUAAACGAUCCCCAGGCGGGAGGCUUUCUUUCUCUGCGGGGAGGAUGAUGAUGAUGAUGAGGAGGAGGGCGUGCAGAGAUGAAGGUCGUAAAUCCCUCGCUUAACUUCGGCGCUGGUCUGUGAGAGUGCAGCAGGCUCUCCUCCCACCUGGACUGCCUCCUCAGAAGCUGUGAGUGCGCAGCUCUGGAAGACGGAGCGGCUGGGAAUGAAGAUUUCAGCACCGGAGCUGUCCGCGGCUGUCUUUGCAGGAAAGCUGCUGCUGCUGCGCAUCUUUUCUUCCUCUCCGAGGCUGCAGGGCGCGGAUUCAUAAACGGCACAAUCCCCUGCGCGCUUCCAGCGAGCGGAGGCGCGCGCACUUCAUCCGAGCCGAGCCUGGCCAUGCUGGACGGCCGGGAUUAAGACAGGAAGUCUUCAGUCAGUCGCCAACCUUUUAACAUCCCUUUACGCCAUGGGAGUGCUCAUGUCAAAGAAGCAGCAGGUGGAGAAGGUUCAGAAAUGCUCCGCCGUCGUCUCUGCCUUCCAGUCGGGUCUGAAGGAGCGCCCGGUCAAACAGACGGAUGAAGAAACCGAGGAAAACCCCGCACAGGCCUCAGCCACUUCAGAGGAGAAGAACGCGGAGGAGGCGGAGAAAGAUGACACCGAUAACAACGAGGGUCCCUCGACCUCCCAGCAGGCCGCAGCUCCUGUAAGAGAUGAAUGCAAAGUCAACGAGGAGGCUUGGUCCAGGUUACGGGAUGGGAAAGGAAGAGAGCCAGAGGAGCUCGACAAGACCCAUCAGCUCACGCCUCCUGCUUUUGUGCGACCAAAGAGGGAAGCGGACGAUGACCAGCCUGUUGAGAUUGAGCUGGACAAGAAAGAGCAGCCGCCGAGCGAUGAGAUGUGCGACGUGUGCGAGGUGUGGACGGCCGACGACCUGUACCCCUGCAGGAUCUGCACGCGGGUCUUCCACGACGGCUGCCUGAGGGAGUUGGGCUACCUCCGAGCCGAGGCGCUGCAGGAGAUGAGAGAUACGGCCCACACUGUUACUGGCUGGAGCUGCUACUAUUGUGACAAUCUGAAUCUGCUGCUGACAGAGGAAGAGAUGUACAGUCUGAUGGAGACCUUCAAGCAGUGCAAGAUCAUCCCAGAAUCAUGCCUGGUGUCAGACGAGCUGCUUCAGUAUCGUCACUUCGCUUCCAAGCAGCAGUUUGAUAAGGACCUGACGGAUGAGCAGGAGGAGGAGGUCUUGGCUCAGUUUGCUGCUCUGGAUCCUGAGAAGAAGGGUCACAUCGAGUGGUCCGACUUCCUCUACUUUGAGUCUCUGACUGUUCUGAGGAAGUUUCGGAGUGAGAACUCACUUGUUCGUUUGUUGACCGCCAAGGAGAGGAACAAAGCCAGGUCCGUAUUCCUGAGUGUGGAUCAGGACCAAGACGGUCUGAUCACGAGAGCAGAAUGCCGUCAGGCCCAGCAGUCCUGGUUCAGUGAGCUUAAAGACCCUCAGUCCUGUAACGUGAGACUCAUGGGAUUCUGCUCCCCUAUGAAUUGUGGUAUAAGUCACGUUGGCCCCAUCUGUGAGAACAGCCCAGCCAGCUCUGGGAGUGAAAGGAGCAAAGCUGAUGAAAGCAGGCCUGUCACUUGGGCAGACUUUUUAAGAGAGAGCGCCAUUUAUGUAUUGGCUGCAAGGCCCAAUAGUUCUGCCAUGCACAUCCGCUUACCCCUAUAGUCCAGGAACCUCCACUGCAGCCAGCAGAGAGAGAGAGGGGGGGAGAGGGAAGGGGGGUGGCGGUACACUCCACAGCACAGAUGGGCGGGGGAAGACAGACAUGUGGACAUGGUGUCACCAGGACGGCCGCUGACGGACCAGAGUGGAGCACGGAUGGGGUUGAACAGCAAAGCCACGGGCAGACUCUCUCCUCCUCUGCAUCACCAAGACACCGCAACACUGACGACACACUUGCUGACUGACAGCAGCUUUCACUUCCCAACAGUUUAGUAUUUCAGGGACAGAAACACACAGAACAGAGAAACAUAAGCUACACACUGUAGAGCAAGUAGCGAGACAACUUAUUUUAUUCAUUUUUGCUCUCCAUAUUUACUUCAUUUUGCUGUAAUGUGUUUCCCUUUACCAAUUGUUCAUCCCAGGCACUUAUAAAUCCAAUAGAGUUCUCUGUUUGAUUCCUGGAAGGAGAUUAAGUUCACUGCUGCUGCCGUCAAGACGUACCAAACAGCUAUCCAUAUUCAACAUAUUAUACCAGAUCCGCUCUGCAUACAUGAUAAGUUAUUGAGUAUUAAAAUGCUGCAUUUAUUCGUGUAUCCUAUAUUAUCUUCCCUUCCUCCCACUUUCAUCCGUCUGUUCUUUUGAAUUACUAACUGUGAAAAGGGAGUGAAUAAUAAUGAGCGCUAAUCCUGUAAGUGAUAUGUAUAUAUUAUUGCUAUACUAUAUGUAAUGUGCUUGUGCUUUGAAAGCUGCACUAUGUUAGUGGUGGAAAGACUAGCUCCUACGUUCUUCACCAGUGGAUUCAAAUCGAGCAAGUUCACACAAUGUCAUGUUGAAAGACAGUUGCACACUGCAUUUAACAUUUUGUUUUAUUCCUUUGCUAAAAAUGCCUCGUUUAAAGGUUGCUAUGAAAAACAUGAUGGAAGUUUUGCGAUGUCUUAGAUUGUAAUUUGACUUCACAAAAAGAAAAAAAGAAAAGACCACAAAGCCGUGUGAUGUUUUAAUGUGUUGAAGGCUCAAUGUUGGGCUGCUGUAGUGACAAAAGUGUAGAUGGCAUGAAACCCGACGAUGAGAUAGAAAUGUCACAGCGCUGAAAUAAACGCAUGGCAUACAGACCA